GCAGAGGUAUCAAGAAUUUAAUUUUGCCCAUAUACAAUGCUCAUUGAUUCACAGUGGGCUGCCCUAGUCCAGCCCAGAUAUAAAUUUUACUACAGUUUUCCGUGAUGUCAUUGCAAGGGGUGGGGGGUGGACAAUGCUUCAUGAGGGAAAGGUAAGUCAAUAUUACGUUCUCUCGCUGACAAAGGCAAAUGAAGCCAUUUUUUUCUGCCUUUGAAUAAAUAACAUUUAAAGUCUUGGAAAGGAAACCUACAGCGUAUCGAAUGGAAGACGUUGUCUUUGGUUUGAAUAGCAUCAGUAGUAAAACAGAUCUGGAUUCUAUUUUUUCUUGGGAUAUUAUAACAUCCAUUUAAGAAGCGUCGGAUCUAUUAUAAGGCUUGAACAUCCACUGUAUUGCCAGGAGGAAGAAGAAGAUAAAGACAGCUUCUAAGAGGAAGAGGCUUUCGAUGUAAUAGUCCUCGUAAGAAAAUGAAUUUCGAGGUGAGCUGCUGAAUCAGAGGUGGACACGAGGAGAAAGACUCAGCAGUUGUGAAGCAAGAAAAAGCCUACACUGCAAAGCCAUCAAGAUGAGUUUAGACAGUGAUGACAAAAGAACACGAACCCGGUCAAAGGGAAUUAGAGAUAUUUUAUACGAUCUUUCAGUGCCUACAGAACUCACAGGACAAGAACUGAGCUGCCCAACCCCUGGAUGUAAUGGCUCAGGUCAUGUCAGUGGGAAAUAUGCAAGACACAGAAGUUUACAGAGCUGCCCGUUGGCUAAGAAAAGGAAACACCAAGAUCUAGACUCUGAGCAACCCAUGUCAAAAAGGAAAUCUCACCCUCUUAAACUAGCACUGGAUGAAGGGUAUAAUGUGGACAGUGAUGGCAGUGAUGAGACAGAGGCCAAGGAUGACUCAACAGCUGAAGAAUCUGAAGAAACUUUAGAUGAAGAACAAGAAGAAACAAUGGAUAAGGGCCUUAUCGAGCAAAGGCAGUAUGAAAUCGAGCCUGCUCAAGAAGAAUGUAUGGCAUCUGAGUCUUCACAUGAUGGACAAUCGCAAGAAAGAGACUCUUCCAAAAACCUAAUUUGUAACAAUCAGAGAGAGGAUUACAGCAGCUACCAUGAAAUGGUAGCUAGUUCCCUACUCAACUUGGGUCAAAUAACAGAAAAUACUGUUGAAACUGCACAGAUAUCCCUUGGCAGGAAUGAACUGGAGAUAGAAUGUGAAUCUGAGAACACUGUGCAGAGUAGUGAAGCUGCAAAUCAGGAACAAGUAAAAGCCGCAGAUGAUGAUGAGUGCAGUAGUGAAGAAACCUCUGAGACCAGAGUUAUUGUUGAUGUUGCCAAAAAUGACAAUAGGACUAUAGAAGACAAGCUGAACUCAGAAAAAGAGUCUCAAAGUAUAGAAGCUGAUAAAAUAUAUGUCAAGCAGAAAGACAACACAGACCACCAGUAUUUCAGUGGGGAGUACAAGCGAUUUCAUACUGUGAAGGAAGAGCCAAAGGGCCCUUCUGAAAUACAUUGUGAAGAAACACUAGAAGAUGAAGAGGAUGAUGAUGAGGAGGAGGAUGAUGAAGAGGAGGAUGAAGAUGAAGAACACGAAGAGGGAGAAGUGACACCACCAGAGGGUUCUCUAACAACCACAGAACUAGUACAAGACACACAGCUGGAGGAUUAUUCCUGUCCAAAAACAGUCUCUUCAGUGGUGAUUGAGGUACGAUCAGAGGAGUCAGACAAAGAUGAAGAGGACGAGGAGGAGGAGGAAGAUGAGGAAGACGAUGACGACACUCUUUCUCAGAAAUCUGCAGUCACUGAUGAGUCAGAGAUGUAUGACAUGACACGAGGAAACCUUGGCUUGUUAGAACAAGCAAUCGCACUCAAAGCAGAGCAGGUUAAAAUGAUGCGAGAUGCAGGCAAACUUCCAGGAGAGCAACUGCGUUACAUGCACUCUGAAGACAGGCCAGGAAAACCUCUAGAUACUAUAAGAAAGAGCUAUUUCAGCAAAGACCCUUCGAGGCCAGAAAAGAAAGAGGUGAAAUGUCCCACACCAGGAUGUGAUGGCACAGGACACGUGACUGGAUUAUACCCUCAUCAUCGCAGUUUAUCUGGUUGUCCACACAAGGACAGAAUACCCCCAGAAAUCCUUGCAAUGCAUGAGAAUGUCCUCAAGUGUCCAACCCCAGGAUGCACUGGUCAAGGUCAUGUCAACAGCAAUCGAAAUACUCACCGAAGUUUGUCUGGAUGUCCCAUUGCUGCUGCUGAAAAACUGGCCAAAAGUCAUGAGAAACAGCAGAUCUCUCAGCCAGUCAGUGAGCAGCCUAAAGGUAGCCCCAACUCUGACAGAGUCCUCAGGCCGAUGUGCUUUGUUAAGCAAUUAGAGAUUCCUCAGUUUGGAAGCUACAGACCCAAUGUACUGCCUACCACCCCACGUGCCAAUCUGGCUAAGGAACUUGAAAAGUAUUCAAAGGUCUCUUUCGAUUAUGCAAGUUUUGAUGUUCAGGUCUUUGGCAAACGUGUAAUUGCCCCAAAGAUUCAGACCAGUGAAACCUCACCAAAAGCCUUUAAAACAAAACCAUUCCCAAAGGCCUCAUCUCCAAGCCACAGCCUACCUAGCAGCUUCAUCAAGAGUACUUCCUCUUCUUCCUCCAGCGGCUACGACUACUCGCAUGAUGCUGAGGCUGCUCACAUGGCAGCCACUGCUAUCUUAAAUCUCUCUACACGCUGCUGGGAAAUGCCAGAGAAUCUAUGUACAAAACAACAAGAUCUCAGCAACAAGAGCAUGGAAAUUGAAGUUGAUGAGAAUGGUACCCUUGACCUCAGUAUGAAGAAACACAGCAAGCGAGAGAGCAGCAUAUCAUGCCUAAGCCCGAGUGUUAGAUCACCCGACCAGUCACAGAACCAGAGUAGCAGUACAAGCAGCAGUGCAAUGACAUCUCCACAAUCUAGCCAGACAUCCAAACAGGAGGACUGGGAGGGUCCAAUCGACUACACCAAGCCUAACAGGCAAAGGGAGGAGGAAAUGGAAGAGGUAGAACCUGCUGCCCAUUCAUUUGUCUCUUCUGAGCCUGAAGAUUGUGACACGCUUCAGGAGAAUCUGGAAGACAGAAAGUAUCCAGGAGAAGUUACAACCUCCAGCUUUAAAAUUAAAUUCCAGGCAAAGGACAGCAAAAAGGAGCUUCUGUUAUGCCCAACCCCUGGCUGUGAUGGCAGUGGACAUAUCACAGGAAAUUAUGCAUCACAUCGCAGCUUGUCUGGUUGUCCUCUUGCUGACAAGAGUCUCAGAUCCCUCAUGGCUGCCCAUUCUGCCGAGCUCAAGUGCCCAACCCCUGGUUGUGAUGGGUCUGGUCAUAUCACAGGAAAUUACGCAUCACACAGAAGUCUGUCUGGGUGCCCUCGUGCCAAGAAAGGUGGAAUAAAAACAACACCUACCAAGGAUGACAAGGAGGACCCGGAGCUCUUAAAAUGUCCAGUUCCGGGAUGUGAUGGCUUAGGUCACAUUAGCGGGAAGUAUGCAUCCCACCGAAGUGCCUCAGGCUGCCCAUUGGCUGCACGGAAACAGAAAGAAGGGCUCCUUAAUGGUUCACCAUUUUCUUGGAAAACCCUUAAAGCUGAUGGACCAACUUGUCCUACUCCUGGGUGUGAUGGUUCAGGUCAUGCUAAUGGCAGUUUCCUUACACACAGGAGUUUGUCAGGUUGCCCAAGAGCCUCUUUCUCCGUGAAGAAAGCAAAGUUUCUUGGGGAUGAUUAUCUUACCACCAAAUUCAGAGCAAGCGAUGUGCUUGACAAUGAUGAAGACAUCAAACAAUUAAACAAGGAGAUCAGUGAGCUUAAUGAGUCAAAUACUGAGAUUGAAGCUGACAUGGUUAAUUUGCAAACACAGAUUUCAUCCAUGGAAAAAAAUCUUAAGAAUAUUGAAGAGGAGAAUAAAAUUAUAGAAGAGCAAAAUGAGGCAUUGUUUAUGGAGCUGUCAGGAUUAAGCCGUGCCCUCAUUCGCAGCCUAGCUAACAUUCGCCUUCCACACAUGGAGCCAAUCACUGAGCAGAAUUUUGAUGCCUAUGUGAACACGUUGACAGAUAUGUACACGAAUAAGGAAUGCUACCAGAACCCGGAGAAUAAAGCCCUACUGGAGUCCAUAAAACAGGCUGUGAAGGGUAUUAAAGUUUAAAAGAAGGAAGAACUAACUUUUAAAUAGAAAACGUAAAGGGCAUUCAGGUUUAUAAUGGCAAUGUACUUCUUCCCAGGGAGCAUUCACACAAAACCAGGACCAAAUACCUAACCCUUUGGCAGCUGGGUUUGUUUAUACAAAGUGAAUCAGAACCAAAUUAUGGUAUUUUUUUCCCCCAGCACUUCAUCGGAAUACAAAUGGAAAGGACAGUGAGGGAGAAAUGUUGUGACACAUGGUCAUAAUAUGUAGCAAAGGAAUUGAAAUACAAAUUUUGCAUACAGUCUGUGUGAAUUCUAACCAAAGGCUACUAGCUAUUUAAACAGUAAGUCACAAAAAUGAGAAAAUGAGAAACUUUCGUCGGUCUUUUGAUUUUCACAUCUGCUUUGAGUUUUGAGGGACACCUAAAUAGGAAAGCAGAAAGAAGCAGCUGGAUCUUUGUUGGAUGUAUGUUGCAAUAGAUUACGAUUGCAGAGAAGGACAUUUUGCACACCAGUGAAGAGUUGUACUCUUGUAUGAUACGCAUGUGAAUUAACUGGGCAUUGAAUUAACUGGGUUCUGUAAGAAACGAGAAAAGCUUCUUAGACUUAUCAUGUUGCAGUUGAGAAAACACCCUUCACCUCAAACUGCUUCUGACAACGGUACAACAUUCCCUGCCUCAUCAGCUGAGUUUUAUACGAGAAACAAAACCCUGUAAGAGCACCAAGGACACAAGUGAUAAUACUUUUGGUAUUCUCCUUAAAGUAACAAAUCUAUUAUGUAAAUACAUUCAUCUAGUUCUAUUUAUAGUAUUUAUGAAAAUAGAAAUUGCACUUCA